GCUGCUUGAAGUUGAACUUGUAUUCGCGGAAUGCGUCGAAAGCAUGGUGUCAUGAGUGGCAGCACCUACCUCCUUGGAAAGGUGGUAAAAAGACAUUCCUUCUCAUAAGUCUAGUCUGACCGCUGAAACUUGAAAGCCCAUUGCAAAUGUUCUUGGUCAGCUAGAGGAAAGGGAAGGAGCCAGUCCGUUGAAUUGGAGCAACCUACAACAGAAGAAGAUGGUUUCGUCAACUGCAGCCAGUUGCCCGGGCACCAUGGCGGUACGCCCUGGUCAUAGGCUUUCUCUUGCAGCUGUAGUAUUGUUGAUGAUGAUAGCAAAUGUGCCCUCUGCGGAGGCUCAGCAAGCUAUGAGCCGAGCUUGGACUCUUUCCAGCACUGACAAUGCGGUCAAAGGGCGCGCCGAGCCCCGCCGCCUGCAUGCCGGCCACCACCAUUCCGCUGCUUCCGGCUGCACCAUCAUGUUUCAGGGGGGUAAUGUCUCCUUCCAAACCUGUCAAGAAGACCCGAGCGGGUUUAUUUUCCAUUGGAACAACCUCGGGGAUCGAGUCGUGCAACUCGCCGUGACGAGUUGGGGGGGUGGGCAGGUUUCGGGCUGGGGAAGCAGAUGAUCGGUUCGAGCGUGGUAGCGGCGUUUCCAACCGCGGGGGGCAUUUACUCCAACAAGUACUUUCUGGCGGGCAAGGACGAGCACUUGGUGACCCCCGGUGAGGGCACCCUGCAACUAGGCGCGGACGGAAUCCUUGCAGAGUACUCCAACGGCUUCCUCACGAUGCUCUUCACCUUGACGCUCUCGAAGGAGCAGUAUGCAAAAGCUGACGUCAUCUUCGCACGCGGCCCCCCCGGGGACGAAACCACCGGGCGGAUCCCGCAGCAUUCAAACUACUAUAAAUCCACAAUAGACUGGGCGGAAGGAGGGCCCCCAGAGGAAGAAGAUGACACUUUUACACAGGCGCACGGUUUCCUCAUGGUUCUCGUCUGGGCCGUCCUCUUUCCCGCGGGGAUCAUCGCCGCCCGGUUCUUCCGCCACCUGGACCCCCGCUGGUGGAACCUGCACCGGGGCUUCCAGGGCGUUGGGGUUUUCUUCUUCGUUAUCGCCUGGUUACUGGGUUGGAAAGCGGAGGGGAAGCAGGAACAGGGGAUGUUGGCGCACCUUGCGUUCGCCUUCCUGCUCCCUAUUAUGGUCAUCAUGCAGGUCCUCGCUGCCGUGUUCCGCCCCAAGAAGGAUGCCGAGAACCGGCCCAAAUGGAACCUGUACCAUCAUUGGGUGGGCCGAUCCGCGGUCGUCCUUGCAAUUGUCAACAUCUAUGUCGGCUUAUACAUAUACGAGGCAGAGUCGUCGGCUGUCGCCGCAUUCACGUUUGUAUGGAUACUUGUCUUAAUCGUGUUUGUUGGCCUAGAAUGGUACUGGCGGGUACGAGGACCGUGGAGUGUGGGGUACAGCAGCCCCACGGAGAUUGAUAUGCAGAGCUUGAAUGGAAAGCAAAGGGAAGGCUUUUUAAAACUAUAAAGCCGGCUUUCGUCGCUCCUUUGAGCAGAUGAUGACCUCUGAGGACAGACCUUCAAUGUUCCGUCAAAGUUGUUUUUUGUCCUUGACUUGGAACUCGGAUUAGGGUUGGACGGGGUUCCAGAGCUUUAGCUGUCCUCCUGAAUUGAGCAAAGUUGUGGAAGUCAACGGGUCUUAUCAGUUCGAUCGUGGGAACAUACUUGCUCCUAGUUGGAUUUCGACGAUCAGAUCGUGGUGCUGGUGUUCCGACUCGAUCUGUAGUGCUUUCUGAUCAUGUAAAACACGUACC